AUGGCUUCAGAAGACUCGCUCUUUGGUACGUCCAUGGACGGCCUACCAGGAUUUUUUACUAAUGGUAAUGUGGACGACACGAAGUACGAGUCACUCUUGGCUGAUUUACGUGCUCACGAUCUCCUGGGACCCAUUGAAAGCAGUACACAAGCUACUGAUACAAAUGGAUCAUCACUCUUCUUUAAUGAUGCAUUUUCUGCUAUUUUCAUGGGUAAUUUUGAGUCAAAAGUGACUCGAGAGGAGGAUCCGAAAAGCACUGGAGAGACUCCAAGUCAUGCAACGCGUAGUUUCAAUGCUCCUCCUGGAUUAUCGUCACCAUUAGAAGAUGUUAAAUGGGCUCGAGGUCAAGAAGAAUUCUUAAGACUGGAAGAGAAAUUGUACGAUACAGUAACAAAGAAAUCAGGACCACCACCAGGUUUAAGCUUGGAACAACAAGAUUUGGACCUUGAUGAGAGUCAAAUACCUGGUCUUAGUGGAUUGGGUCUUGAUGAUGAUGACUCUGUACCGCCAAUGUCCAAACAGACGUCAGCUCCACAAGCUUCUUCCAUUCCAAAUCCACCACCGCCGAUGCCUCCUACGCAGAAUGAACGACAGCCAAACGCAUGGGGUCCGCCAUUGCCGCCCCCGCAGGGAAUGUACCCAGGUGGUCCUCCACCGCCUCCGCAUUACUUUGGCCAUGGUUCACCUCUUCCAAUGCGACCACCAUAUCCUGGAUCCCCUGGCGCAUUUGGGCAUAAUGGCAUACCUCAGCCGCCGCCCCAUGUGUACCCUCCUGCUUUCAAGAUGAUGACUCCGCGCGACGUGAACUUUGUGAUGCAGCAGCAGAUGAAGUGGCUGCGCUCUAGUGAUCCGUUCAGUGAUGAUUACUACUUCCAUAAUUACAUGCAAAAGCGCUCACGUGUCGGCUUGGCGGGUCGUCCGUCAGUUCCGCUUCCUUCAUGGAAGCUCCAGCACGUAAAAUCUGUCGACCCACGAGACGUACAACGCGAAGUCAAGUCGCGCAACUGGGAGUCUGAGUAUCACGUACUUGGACGCAACACUAAGAGUAGUUUGUACCGUCCGAAGCAGUUGCUGAAUCUUGCAGGCACAGGUGAAGUUAGUUUGCCUCCCACAUCGCCCACGACAGGAGCUGAGAACCCAGAACGUACACCAUCCAGUGCUGGCGAAGGUGAGGAAGAGAGUACAUCUUCUACUUUUGCGGCAGCCGAGUCUAGCAGUGAAGCUGGCAGCUCCACUUAUGUGCGUGGAUCAAGUCCUGGUGCCCAGGUUGUCGCUGCGGAAGCCCAGGCUGCCAAGGUCUUGUGCAUGAGCGAGGAUGCCAGCCGCAGCUCGGUUUUUUCUAACGACACAUGGAACCUGCGUCUUCAGUUGGAUCGUGGAAUGCAAUGCUUGCUGUCUUUACAGGAUGCACGUCACUUGCUGGAUGCCCGCGGCAUCAAUGUGCAGCAGUUUCAUUCAAUGAAUGACGAUGAAAUGGAUCCAGCGCUUGUUGAGCUGCGCUCGAGGACGACGUCGCUGUUGCUGGAGCUGGCGGCUCUGCUUGGUGUCAAUGUAACCCAGCCUGGUGAUGCGGACAAUGGCGCUGCGUCUCCUGGUGUCAUGAGUUGUGAUUUACAGCAGCUGCUGAAGAUAUUGACAGCAGCCAAGGGUAAGAUGCUGGUAAGUCGUGCGCUACCACUCUUGCACCCGUCAGCCCGUUUUGUCCUUCUGCCUCAUCUGGUGAAUUAUCUUUUGUCCGGACGGACAAACAGUGGACGUCAACUGGAUGCCAACGAUGGGGGCGACGAUCGCCUCUGCCAGACACUGGUGCUCAUGUUGCUUUAUGUACCGCCUGCACCACCUGCUGAAUUGCUGACUGAGUGCCUCCAUCGGGCACUGGAUGGCCAUGAUGUGCAGUCAUUAUCCAGCGUGCUUCACAACCGUGCGCGUGCUGAGGCCCUUCAGGCACUGUUGAAGUGCGGAGGGUUGGCCGUGCAGCAACUAGCGGAGACUGAAGGGGCCAACGUCGAGCAUGCGAACAAUGUCAAGCAGCAAUGGGAGCAGCAGCAAGGUUUGUUUGUGCAGCUGGCUACUGUUAUCAAGCAAGCGGCUUGA